AUGAGUUUGUUGCAUAGAAAAUUGCAAAAUAUUGUAUUUAACAGUGUUCGGAGCAUAUCAAAGCUUAAGAAACGUAAAAUACUCCAAGAUGAGAGCUCAUUUGAAGUUUAUCGAAUAAAACCAAAGACAUCCACAACUCACAACAAAAUCUAUGUAUGGGGGAUGCAAGAAACUGGUGCUUUGGGUCUUGCAACAUCAUUGAAAGUUCACAAACAUGGCUUGACGACGAUGAAAAAAUAUCCUAAAAGAAUGCCAUUUGGCGAGAGAUUUGAAGUGAUUGAUGCUGCUGCAGGGUAUGGAUUUUCAAUUUUUGCUGUUGAACCGACUGAAGAACAUGGAAAUUACACAUUGUAUGGUUCUGGAUUAAAUACAGACUCACAAAUUGGAUAUCAUAAGCAUCUCGGAAUCAUAAAUAAGCCUAUUGAACUUUUAUUAUAUCCAGCUCCAAUAGAAUUACCAAUGAAGUCUCCUGAUGAAAUUCAUAGAGUAAUAAAAGUUGGUUGUGGACGAGCACAUACAGUUGUGCUUACAGAACAAGGUGUAAUUUUUACUUUAGGAAAUAACUCUUAUGGUCAAUGUGCUCGAAUAAUAAUUGAGGAUGAAAACUAUUUAGGAAGUCAAGUAAUUAACAGAUUAAUUCCAGAAUUAUUUGAAAACAAAAGAAUUAAAGAUAUAGCAUGUGGGCAAGAUCACACGAUGUUUUUAACUGAAAAUGGGGAAGUUUAUUCUUGUGGAUGGUCUGCAGAUGGCCAAACUGGACUUGGAACUUACAAUAAUCAAGAAUUACCAAAAUUAGUUGAAGGCGACAUAAAAAAAGAGAAAAUUAUUAAAUUAUCAAGUACUGGAGAUGCUGUGCUAGCUAUGAAUGAUAAAGGAGAAGUUUUUGGUUGGGGCAAUUCAGAAUAUAAUCAAAUAUUACUAGACAGUGACGAGCAGCAGAUUAACGUUCCAUUGCAUUUAAAGUAUCUCAAAAACAUUGGAAAAGUCACUGACAUUGCAGCUGGAGGCUCAUUUUCAAUGAUCUUAAAUGACGAAGGAAAUGUUUUUGUCUGGGGCUAUGGAUUAUUAGGAUUUGGUCCAAACGUGGAUUUCUGUAAAGAACCAAAAUUAAUUCCACCAACACUUUUCGGAAGGAACUCAUUUAAUCCUCAAAAUCGCAUAAUUUCUAUAAAUUGUGGACUUUAUCACAUGGCAGCAAUUAAUUCAGACAACGAUCUUUUUAUGUGGGGACGAAACAAAUUUGGAUGCUUAGGAAUAGGACAUGAUAAUGAUCAAUAUUUUCCAUUUAAAUCUCUAGUUGGUGCAAAAGUUCAUCGAGUAUUUUGUGGUGUAGAUCAUUCAAUAGCUUUAUGUAAAUUAUUCAUAUAA